AUGGAGGAAGAACUUAAUUACGCCUCAGUGAAUUUCAAGUAUAAUGGUGCUUCUACACAGGAGAAACACAUAAAUUAUGUGGAAAACACGAUCUACGGUGAGGUGAAGAUGCAUGAGCAGACAUGGGAUGACACCCCUCCAAUCAUAUCAGAAAACAGGAAGACAGCUCCAUCUUCUACUCCUCUUCAGGUGGCGGCGGCUUGUUUGGGGAUUCUUUGUGUCGUCCUGAUAUCAGUCAUCGUCCUCCUCACCGUCUACUACAAGUCUGCAUCUACCUCUGAGAGCCGCAUGCAUUACAACAACUUGACGGCACAAAAUCAGCAGCUGUGGGCCGAGAAGACCAGCUUGGAGCGACAGACAAAGGAACUUACCAGAGAGAGAGACGCCCUCAACUGGACUGUUGGGAUCAUCCUCGAAUAUGACAACUUCUCAGUAAACUCCUACUGCUCACAAAAAGUGUGUAAACCUUGCCUGGAGGGCUGGGAGCUGUUUCAGUCCAGCUGUUACUUUUUUACAAAGCAGAAUUUUUCUUCCCUGUGGAAGAACUGGACGGAAAGUCAACAGCACUGCAGAGAAUACAAGGCACAUUUGGUGGUGAUCGGAAGUGAAGAGGAGCAGGAAUUCAUCAGUAACCACAGCACAUGGUACCAUGACGACCUGCAUGGUUACUGGACUGGCUUUUCAAAGAUGGAUGGAGAAUGGCGGUGGGUCGAUGGAAGCUCCACCAAUGUGACAUACUGGAUGAGCGCAAAGCUCGGCUCCUGCAUGCUAACUGUGCCACAGAAAAACCUCCUGGACAACUGGGACAAAGUCGGCUGUGACAUGAAGAACCGCUGGAUCUGUGAAACCAAAGCCUUGAUCAAGUCUUAG